AAAAAGAGCGCACUAAAUGAGCUGUUGGUUUUUCAUCCGAUCUAACGUCUUAGAUGCUGAUGCCCUUAGUCCAAGCUACUUUAUCAUUUGUUGUGGAAUUACGAGAUUUCCAUAAUAUUGAUCUGUACCAUCGAGGAUAUUACCAAAUUCGUACUCACUUAAAAACAGGUGUGCAGCCCACAGCGAACGCUGGAUCUGCCAACGGUAAAUCAUCAGCAUUUGUUGAACCUCCAUUCCGUUGGGAACGAGCUAGUACAAGAUUCAAAGUACAGGAAGCUGUAAAAGCGAGUUAUAUUGAACCGAGCGUUUCUGUUCCAACUUACAUACCAGACAAAGCAUGCAGCAAAACACUGUUGAUCAUGUAUCGAGAUGAAUCAGCAAGGUUAUGUGAUGUAUUUGAACAGAGAGUAUUAGUCCAGGUCGAUCCGAUUAAUUUGGAAGAGUCUUUACUAAAACAUGUUCUUUUCCUAUGCGUUGAGCUAUGGUUUGUCGAAGACCCACUUGAAAAAUCCUUUUCUACUGAUUUACUGACCAAAGUAUGUGAGCGUCAACUACGUAUUCAUUUAACACCAUCCCGUGGACUUCAUUAUCAUUUCACUGUAUUCUUUGAUUAUUUUCAUUUAUGUGGUAUUGAAUUAGCACUUUAUGGAGCAUUAACAAAUAUCACCCCAAGUAUUAUUAGUUGGCCAAACAUUUCACCAAAUAAUACACCAGUGCAAACAACUAAUCAAAUAAUUAGUUUAGCUCAACAAACAUGGCAUAGUAUCCUUUACAGUAUUAAACAGAUUAGUAGACAUCAUUUUGCACUUGCUGUUCAUCGACAUCUUUGUCAAAUGUUAUUAGCUGCAAGAGAAUCUAUGUUGUUAUUUUGGCGUGAAAGUAUCCCGUACCUACCUUCAAAUGUUAGACCACGUAUUGAACCGGUUGACUUUCAACGUAAAUUGGAUUCCCUUGUACAAACAGCUCAAAUCUUAAGAACAGACGAUGAUUUGGCUAAUCAAAUCUCAUUUGAUAUUGCCCGUCUCUCAUCUCAAAAUAAUGUUCUAUUUAAACAACUCUGUAAAUCUGUCACUUUACAAUCCAAUUUGUCGGCUUUUUUACGUCGAAGAUUUCAUCAAAUUCGUAUGAAACGAUUAGCUGAAGCAUUUUUCUGUCAAGAAUUAUCACUUGUCAAUUUAUUAGCUAUUUAUGACUCCAGUGCCAUUGGACAUGAAUCACUUGCCAAUGAUAUUCGACAAUCAGUUUAUUUUCAAAAACUUCCAACUUUACCAGUUACUUGUCGUGAACUAGAUGGUGAUGUGACUAAUCUACCGAUUAUUUUCGAAGAUAUCUUUUUACCACCUAAUAACAAUAACAAUAGUAUUAUUAUUAAUAAUAGUAAUAAUAAUAAUAUUAAUAGUAAUAACAAUAGUAAUAAUGGAGAUGAAAUAGACUCAUCUCAACCAAUUAAUAGUAAUAAUAAUAAGAACAAUGGAUUAUGUACAAAAAGUGUAUCGAUUAAAAAGUUUGAACAUUUAACAAGGUGUACAUCAAUCGAAUUAUUGUCGCAUAAUAAAUCUUUACCUACCACCGAUGAUGAUACUGCAUUUAUAUCAGUGAAAAAUCGUUUAGAUGAUAAUGAAUCCGGUAUUUAUAUGGAAGAAGAUGUGAUAGGCGUAGGAGUAUUAUCAAAGACUACAACUGGAAAUCAAUCAAUUGUCUCAUCCAGAUGUGACAUUAUGCCAGCCAAUAAGAGAGAAUGUACACCUGCAGUAAAUUAUGUCUGUCCAUCAACUGUACCAAAUCAUCAUUUAAACUAUCAAUCUCGAAAUUUUUCUCAAUCAAGUCCUAAUCUAUCAUCGUCAUCACCAUCGUUACAACAACUUCAUGUUGUAACUAAACCAAUUUGUAAACCAUCUCUUACAGUUGGCAAUAUCUCAACUCCAAAGCAAUUGAUGAAUGGACAGUCUAAACGAAAAUUUCAUCUACCUGGUAAUCAUAGUCGAAAAUAUCAUUACUUCGAUAAGUCACGUGGAUCUAAUGUUGUACCACAUCUAAAUAGUAAUAAUUCAAAAGUCAAAUUAAUUGGUUACCGUUCUAUUCAACCAACGGAGAACAAUAUUAUGAUGGAUCAAUGCUCUACUGUAUCUGAUAAUCGACGUAGACUGACCGGAUCCUCUUUGAAUAUUUCUGGCGAUGUGAAUCACUGUUCAUAUCCUUCUACUGGCUUACGUCCUACUGGUGGUCUUUCUAUUCGCGACUCUCGUUCUCGUUCUCUACACAAUUUAUCACUUAAAUCGCCUCAAAUAAAAAUGACUAAUUUGGACACUUUCAAUACAAACAACAACAAUUCAUCAAACUGUACAUCUUUUUCUAUGCUGAAUAUUUCAAGUGAACUGAACGAUGCGUCAUUGUUUCAUUGUUCAACAACAAGUACAGAGAAUAAUGUUUUAAAGUCGGAUUUAUUUACAUUUACUGAUUGUAUUAAUCCAAGAUUGUCAAAUCAAUGUAAUAAAUCUCAUGAAUUCAUUGCAUUAGGUACUUUAAAAUUACCUCCAAUAAAACCACCCGGUGGAUGUGUACCAUAUGAAAAGAUAUCUGAUGAAACAAAUACUCUAUUACCAUGUAAUCAUUUGUAUAAAUCCACUAUCGGAAAUAGUUCUAUUUCUCUACCGAAUAUACCACUUUUAUGCACCAUCCCAAGAGUAGUUUCAGAAGGAUGCCUUACAAAUAUUUCAUCAGUAGAUCAGUUUUCUUGGAGUAAAUCUCGAAGGCGAGUGAAAGUUCGUAAUUUCAAAAGAAAUCAUAUAUUUGCUGCUAAGAAAUCACAAUAUAGUCAAUUGAAAACUUAUACUGCAGAUUUAGCUUAUUUGAGCAGUUGUUCAGAUUUACACCUUGCUGUUUUAGAAAAAGAAAUUCAAACAUUAAAUUAUCAUCCGUUAUCAACGAAUAAUCAUUCCUGUACAACAAUUGGCUCAAAUCAAUCUGUACCUAGUUGUUUGUUUGCAUCGAAAAAACGUCUGACUAAAUCAAGUACGGUUUUAUCAAUUAGAAAAGAAUCUAAUUUAAAUGUACCAUGCUCAUUAUUGACAUCAUCAUUUUCUAAUAUUGAUAUAUUGGAUAGUUCACAACGACAACAACAACAACAACCACAACAACAAGAAAAUGUGAUUAGUUGUAAUUCUCAGUCACAUUGUUGGUCUAAUAAACACAACACCACUGGUGAUCCACAUUAUCAUAUACGACAGGCAAACAGUUUAAAAACGUGUCAAGGUCAUUUCUCCAGUAUCACUAACACUAAUGAUGAUGAUGAUGAUAAGAAGCGAUCCACUAUCACUAAUCAUAAUAAUAGUAAUGGUAAAUACCAACGACAGAAAUCACUACUUGUUGCCAAUAAGCAAGCGUAUAGAUCAAAUCAACAAAUGAUUACUGAAUCACAUGACUUUUAUUCGAGCACGACGUUUGUUCAGUAUGACCAAGGAAGAAAACUGCAUCAUCCAAAUGUUUCCUCUGGUGAUACAACUCGAGUAACUACUAUUGACAACUGUGAUGAUAAUAAAAAUAAUAAUCAACGUUUAUGCAACAAUUCCGAUUUCCCGCACUCACCAUCACAUUGUAAUAGAUAUUUACCAAUCUCAUCUGCCGAAUCAUCAUCACCGCCAUUACUAUCGGCACAGAAUAGUCGAUUUAAAGAAUGUGGUUAUCAAGUUUCCAAUUUGUUAAGUAGUGACGAAGAGUUAUCCAAUAGAAAUUCACCAAAACUCAGUGUUCUAGAAAUGUUGAACACCAUUGAUUUUAGCAAUAAUGAUGAUAAAUUCUUGAAAAAACCUUCUCAUAGUUCUAUGUGUACUGCUUCCAAAAAUCGUGAACCUUCAUCACAUUUAUCAGCUAAUCAAAAACAAAUUAGAAAAACCAAUUCUUUAACUUGUACAUCAUCAUUGUCAUACAAAGACCAAAAUGACAAUACGCAAAAUAGAUCAAAUAGCAUUCAUUCUGAUGCUAAGAAAGCUCAUUCACUUGUUGAUAUAUUAUCCCCUGGUGUAUUAGAAUUUCUACGUUAUAAGGAACAAGUUAAACGACAGAUUGCUCCACAUUUUCAAGGUUAUGUUUAUAGUGAUUUUGCUACACUUGCUGCACCAUAUGCAUAUUUUUCAGAGGCACCUGUAUCCGAUGGUGAUGUACAUCUUGUAAUUUGUGUUCAUGGUUUAGAUGGUAAUUCAUGUGAUUUACGUCUUGUACGUGUUUACCUUCAGUUAGCUUUACCAGAUUGUAAUUUACAUUUCCUCAUGUCAGAGUGUAAUCAAGAUGAUACAUUCGGUGGUUUCGAAAUGAUGAGUGAAAAAUUAGUGAAUGAAAUUUUAAAUUAUAUUGAUGAGAUGGAAGAAAAACCAAAAAGAAUUAGUUUUAUUGGACAUAGUAUGGGUUGUGUUAUAAUACGUGCAGCAUUGUUGAAUUCACGUAUGAAAUUAUAUUUAUCGAAAUUGCAUACAUUCCUAUCUUUAAGUGGUCCACAUUUAGGCACAGUCUACAAUUCAUCUGGUCUCAUUAAUAUGGGUAUAUGGGUUAUGCAAAAAAUUAAAAAAUCUGAAAGUCUUUCACAAUUAAGAAUGCGAGAUGAUCCAGAUUUACGUAAUACAUAUUUAUAUCGUUUAAGUAAUAGUCCUGGCUUGGAUUUAUUUCGUUAUGUUCUUCUGGUUGGAAGUCCACAAGAUCGUUAUGUACCGUAUCAUUCAACACGAAUUGAAUUGUGUAAAGCUGCAAUUAAAGAUUCUUCUACUCUUGGCAUUAUUUACAUGGAAAUGGUCACGAAUUUAUUACAACGUUUGAUUAAAUCAAAACGUACCACUGUAGUACGUUAUGAUGUACAUUAUAAUUUAUCAAAUUCAGCAAAUACACUCAUUGGUCGUGCUGCUCAUAUAGCUGUGCUGGAUUCUGAAAUAUUUUUAGAAAAAUUCAUUUGUGUCUCAGGUGCCAAAUAUUUCCGGUGA